GUUCCAACGAACCCUGGCUCACACACAACCAACUGAUCGAGCAAUACACUCGAGUAGUACUACUACUUUGACAAGCUUUGCCACGAACCAGUUCCAACAACAAUGGCAGUGAAGGUGGAGAUCACACGGAGCACGGUGCUGGAGCCCUCGCCCCGCGGCGGUGGUGGGGAGAAGGUCCCGCUCACCGUCUUCGACCGCGCUUCCACGGACGGGUACAUCCCGGCCGUGUUUGCGUGGAACGGGCCUGCGGCACCGUCCAAUGAUGCGCUCAAGGACGGCCUCAUCUCCGCAGUCUCGAGGUUCCCGCACCUCGCGGCGAGGUUCGCCAUCGACGAACAGGGCCGGAAGUGUUUCCAUCUCAACGACGCCGGAGUGCUCGUCGUCGAGGCAACCGCCGAUGGGGACCUCGCCGACGCGCUGGCCAACGAGGUGUCCGCGCACAUCAACGCGCUGUACCCAAACGCCGACAAGGAACGCACGAACGAGCCGCUGUUCCAGGUGCAGCUAACGAGGUACAUGUGCGGCGGGAUAGUGAUCGGCACGGCCUGCCACCACCAGGUCGCCGACGGCCAGUCCAUGAGCGUCUUCUACACCGCCUGGGCCGCCGCCGUGCGCACCGAGUCUUCCGACCUGAUGCCGACGCCGUUCGUUGACCGCUCCGCCACCGUCGUCCCACGGAACCCCCCGGCGCCGGCGUUCGACCACCGCAACAUCGAGUUCAAGGGCGAGCACAGCACGGCCCACUCCUACAACAGGGUCCUCCCGUUGGACAAAAUCAAGAACCUUGUCGUGCACUACCCGGACGAGUUCAUCGCGAGCCUCAAGGCCCGCGUGGGCGCGCGCUGCAGCACGUUCCAGUGCCUCCUGGCGCACACCUGGAAGAAGGUCACGGCGGCUCGUGACCUGCCGCCGGAGUCCCCCACGCACGUCCGGGUGGCCGUCAACUGCCGGGGCCGGGCCAGGCCGCCCGUGCCCGCGGACUUCUUCGGGAACAUGGUGCUAUGGGCGUUCCCGAGGAUGCAGGCCAGGGAGCUGCUGUCCUCCGGCUACCCGGCUGUGGUCGCAGCCAUCCGCGACGCCGUGGCGCGCGUGGAUGACGAGUACAUCCAGUCGUUCGUCGACUUCGGAGAGACGGCGGAUGAGGAGCUUGAGUCCACGGCGGCCACGCCGGGGAUGGUGUUCUGCCCGGACCUGGAGGUGGACAGCUGGCUCGGGUUCCGCUUCCACGAUCUCGACUUUGGGUUCGGCCCGCCCUGCGCCUUCCUGCCGCCGGACCUUCCCUUCGAUGGACUCAUGAUCUUCGUGCCGUCCUGCGCUGCCAAGGGCGGAGUCGACCUGUUUAUGGCGCUCGACGACGAGCACGUCCAGGCGUUCAAGCAGAUAUGUUAUUCCAUGGACUGAUUCUGAUUGUAUGGUACUCCAGGCUGGAAUACACAUACACAGCAAUAAUCUUUUUCUUUUGGGGAAUACACAGCAACUAAUAAUCAGUUAAACGUUGCUGACAUGUACGUAUGCAUGUACACUCAUACUACUAGUGUAAUGAAUUGUGCAUAUUUGAAUAUCGAAGAACAACAUACCAGAAUUA